AUGGACACGUCAUUACGUUGCGUCAUGGACGCGCAAGAGCGGCUCGACGCCGUCAACGACACCUUCGCAAAGCGGGCCGCCGACCUCGAGCGCGAGGGCCGGCAGCAGCGGGCGCCGCUCCUGCGAGAGCGCGGCGUCGCGGCCAAACGCAUCCCGGGCUUUUGGAUGUGUGCGUUGCAGGGCCACCCGCUGCUCGAGCAGUACAUCAGCGCGCGUGACGCCAGCAUCUUGGAGCACCUUACUGCGCUCGAGGUUAGCGCGCUCAGCGACACCGACGCGGGAUUUACGAUCACGCUCUCCUUCUCGGCGAACCGCUUCUUCACGAACCCGAUUCUCGAAAAGACGCUGCGGUAUGCAGGGGACGCGGCGCUCUCGAUGGAGGCGACUCCAAUCGCAUGGACCGCCGCCUCGAGUGGUGGUGGCGAGGAAGAGGCGCCGCAUGGCGAGGCAGCCACGUUCCUGACUGCGUUUGCUUGGACGAACGGGGACACAAAGUGCCUGCUGUCUGGGACGGGGCAGGCCGAGAGUGCAGGCCUCGCAGAAGCCGAGGCGUUCUGCGAGGCCAUCAAGGAAGACGUCUACGCACACCCGCUUCGCUUCUUCGAGCGCUUCUCCUGCUCGGAAGGCGCCGGAGACCCCACGGCUGCGUGA